GUCUCAGCUAGAUGCAGAAGCUGUUGUGUGCUAGUGUCCCAGAUUGAACCAAUCUCUGGUUUUGCCAAAGUAAUGGCUCUGUCCAACUUUGUUUAAAGAGCAGACUUUGUUCAAGUUGGUUUGGUCAGAGCAGUGACGACCUUAACGCAGGCUUUAUUGAUUAGGCUUAUGUCUAUGAUGUAUACUUCGGUGAAGAGUGAGCAAGUUUAAGAAGAGUGUUAAUUAAAUUUUAACGAUAUGAACAGAUUACAUGAAUUAUCAUAUUAUUUGCUUAUAUUCUAUUUUGAUCUCUUUGAGUUUAAUCUAUUAUAUGGUCCAUAUCAAGUAUACAAAAUAGCAUUACAGCUGAGCUUACAAGGUAAAACAAAAUAAAUAAUCAGAUAAUACAUGAAAGUAGUCUCUACGGUGAUGGGGUUCACGUCAUGCCCACCUCUACAAUCUGUGUUUAUAAUUAUAAGCAAACUCUUUUGUGUUCUUGUCUGAAUCUGAUCAGCCGUUAUUAUAGCAAGACUCAUGUGACUUGCAUUAUCCCUCAAAGUGGCCAAACACAAAAGUCAAUAACUGUUUUAAAUAUAUUGUAUGCUUCUAACUACAUUAUUUAAGUCCAAUUCUCCGACCGACCCUUUUAAUGGCUCCCACGUUUCAGUCUAAUCAUAUAUACUCUCUUCAUGUCUGUUUCCCUGGAACUUAGAAAACGCAUGAAAUUUGAGAAACUCUUCAUGGAGGCUUCACCACAAUACAGUAACAAGAGAUAUGACUUAGAAGAAGGAGUAAUGCAUCUUAAAGAGAGACUAGAGGAAGAAGAAGCAUUGAGUAGAAGUUUACGGUCUGCUUUCGAUGGCUCUGUUGUUUCACUCCCAAGUCUCUCCUCAUUGUUUCUUCCACCACAGUUUGCGGAGAUCAUACAAGAACUUGCCUUGGUGGAGGCAGAGAUUCUUUGUCUAGACCGAAAAAUCGAGGAGCUGAAGCUUAAACUGUGCUACGAACAGAGACAAACGCAAGAGCUGACAGAACAGAAGAGGACAUUAGCAAGACAGAAUCAUGUGAGACGCAAAAGUUUGCAACUAAGACAUGAUCUUCAACAACGAUCUUUUUCGCAUCACUAUCAACGUUCUGCUCUAGAUACUGUUUCUAGUACUCACUCAAGGCUAUCCUUCUCUUAUAAUCCUGAUUUCUUGGAUGCCACUUCUUCAGGUGGAUUCACAGAUGAAUUUGAUGGAUUAUCGAGACCAAACAUGGGUAGAGUAAGAAAGGGGCUUAGGCUUGUGGAAGUGAAGAGCAAAGAGGACCCAAAUGAAGUAUCAGAACAACUCAUAAACUGUCUCAUAAGCAUUUACUUGGAACUGAAUCAAGUUUCAUCAAAGACCAAAGAAGAUGUAGAGUUUUCAAGACGGCCUUCAUCUUGUAGCCGAAAAUCAAACACAUACAGUUAUUAUCAGAACGCAAUAAAUCUUGAUCCUUAUCACGUCUUACCAGAUUCGAGUGGAGGAUUCACUAGGGACAUUGGUCCUUACAAGAACUUCAUUCACAUUUCAAGAAAGUCCAUAGAUGUGACCAGUUUCACACAUUAUUGUUCACCGGCUGUUCCACGCUUGAGUGUUUUGAUGGAAAAACUAUCAGAGGUGGAUUUAACUUUCUUGACCUACAAGCAAAAACUCGCUUUCUGGAUCAAUAUCUACAACGCUUGUAUCAUGCAUGCUUUUCUUGAGUAUGGGUUACCUUCAUCACACAAUAAACUACUUACAUUGAUGAACAAGGCUACACUUAAUGUCGGUGGCAUAGUUCUCAACGCUUUGGCAAUUGAACAUUUUGUCUUACGGCAUCCUUGUGAACCAGAACAUGAUUCACUUGAUGAGAAAGAAACUCUCCUGCGGCACACUUAUGGUUUAGGAUAUUCAGAGCCUAACGUGACAUUUGCACUUUGCCGCGGAAGUUGGUCUUCACCAGCACUUAGAGUCUAUACAGCAGAUGAGGUGGUGAAUGAUUUAGGAAGAGCAAGAGUGGAGUAUUUAGAAGCUUCCGUAGGUGUUUCCAGCAAGAAAAAGAUUAUUGUUCCACAGCUUCUUCAAUGGCACAUGAAAGAUUUUGCAGAUGAUAUUGAAUCUCUUUUGGAAUGGAUCUACAGCCAGUUGCCACGAUCAGGGAGCCUGAAGGCUAUGGUUAUGGAAUGUUUGAAAAGAAAAGCAAAAGUUCCUUUAGCUAAAAUGGUAGAGAUUCAAACAUAUGGCCAUGAGUUUCGUUAUCUAUUGUCAUUGUAAAUACUAGAAAUCCUUGUUUAUCAAUAGUCUUUCAACCAAUUUUUAGGAUUUAAAUAAUAUUUUUUUUGUAAAAUAAAUUGUAUUUUAUUUUAAAGUGAAAACUUCAAGAAAGGGCUUUUUUAUAGUAGAAAUUUUUGGAAAAUAGAGAAACUGUUUUAUGUGACCUUUUUCAUUGGCUCAAUUAUUUUUAUUUUAAAAUUUAAUAGCAAAAUUAAAAUACACUAGUACUAUAUAGUAUAUGUUAAAUAUUCUAAUUAAGGAUAGUAUCUCUUAUUAAUGCUGAUGUUGUAAAACUUAUUAUUUGUUUGUAUCUUAAAACAAAUAAAAUCGAGUUUCAUAUGAAAAAUUAAACCCUUUAGAAUUGGAGUAAUAUAAAACAAUAAAGAUAUAUAAUGGAGAUGAAUAAUAAACUUUAGCUUAAAUUGUCAGUGGAGAAGACAUGUUCCGUUCAUAUCUCCAAAAAGGAAAACGAAUAAUAAUUAAGGAACUUUCGGUUUGGGUUUCCGUAAAGUACUUAGCCCGCAAAUAUAUACGUAUAUAUAAUAUAUACAUACAAAUAUAUAUAUAUUAAGGACCCAAGAUCGGUGGAAGCCCCCUUAGUCCAGUGGUUUGACUAAGGGUUCAUUAAUGCUUCUACACCAGGAGGUCUGGGGUUCAAACCCCAGAAAACGCAAAUUAUGCAGAUCAUGGAGAAAAAGGGUUACAAGAGGUCUUCAGCAUGGUGCAAGGGCGUAUCAUCGAACAUAGAUCUCAUAGGGUGGCUCGGAGCGAUGCAGUCAGACGUGCAUUCUCAUAUGAUGGUAGAAUUGUCGGCUGUAGAAUCGUCUAUGUAAUAUUUCUCAUCGUUGUAAUAGCAUAAUUAAUCAUCGAACAUAGAUCUCAUAGGGUGGCUCGGAGCGAUGCAGUCAGACGUGCAUUCUCAUAUGAUGGUAGAAUUGUCGGCUGUAGAAUCGUCUAUGUAAUAUUUCU